GCUUGUUGCUUGGCUUUUCUGCAAGAUGAUGUGUUCAUCAAGAUGAUUCCUGAUCGGAUAAAGGUUUGGAAUAACCUCAUUGAGAUGUUGAAAGAAGGAAUCAAAUCAGGUGAAGUUGUGCCUCUACCGACAACAAUAUUCCAAAUGAAACAACUUGAAGAGUCGUUUAGGUUUAUGGCAACAGGGAAACAUAUUGGUAAAGUUUUGAUUCAAAUGAGAGAUGAAAAUGAAGAUCCGAAUAAAGUUAAACUUUAUCGUUCAAUUGGUCAAACAUUUUUCGACCUUGAAAAAAGUUACAUAAUAACUGGUGGACUUGGAGGAUUAGGACUCGAAAUAGCCUAUUGGGUGGUAUCAAGAGGAGUGACUAAUCUAAUUCUUACCUCGCGUUCUGGAAUCAAGACAAAAUACCAAGAGUAUAUUUUAGAAAGAAUGAGAAACAAUGGUUACUCUCGAGUGAAUAUUACCAUCUCUAAUGAGGAUUGUUCAACUUCAGAAUCAGCUGAGAGGUUAAUUAAUCAAGCACAAGAAUUGGGUCAAAUUGGUGGAGUAUUUCAUUUAUCUAUGGUUUUAAAAGACGGACUUUUCGAGAAUCAAACAGCUGAAACAUUUGAUGAAGCUGUCAAACCAAAAGCGAUCGCUUGUCGUUAUUUGGAUCAACUAACUAGAUCUCUACCCUACAAGAUUGAUUAUUUCGUAUGCUUUUCUUCAAUAGCAGUUGAGGUUGGAAGUAUUGCCCAGACAAAUUAUUGUUUCGGUAAUACAGCGAUGGAAAAUAUUUGUAGGAAAAGAAGAUUAGAUGGGCUACAUGGUGCGGCUAUUCGAUGGGGAGUAAUUGGUGAUGUUGGGAUAUUUACAGAGAUGAAUUUGCCAUCUAACGAGACGUUGAGAUCCUAUGAUCCAAUUCGUUUAAAUUUAGUACGCGAUUCACUUGACAAAACUUUAAUGUCAUCCGAUGAUAGUUCAAUUUUCACCAUAGUUUCAUUUUCUGAUAAAAAAAGUGCAUCAUCAAUAGGGAAUAAUUACUCAUUGAAACAGAAAAUCUUUCAUAUCCUUAGUGUUAAAGAUGCAACUAAAGUUGAUCCACAAUCAACUUUAUCUGAACUUGGUCUUGAUUCAUUGAUGGCAGUUGAAAUCAAACAAGCUCUUGAUACUGAUUACGAUUAUCCAAUGACAACCAAUGAAAUUCGAGAAUUGAAAGUUGGUGAAUUAGAUGAACUUGAAAAGAAAUUGAAAAAAUCAGAGAAGAAAAAAACCAGCUCUCCUCAUUCAUCACCAAUAUACAGAAACAUAUUUCAUAUUCAUACGCAAUUAUUUAUCCCAUUGAACCAAAGUGAAUUUGGAUUACCAUACUUUUACUUUCCUGGUCAAUCAGGUCAAUUUGCUGUCGUUAUUCCAGUAUUUGAAUCAUUCUCAAAACCAGUGAUCGGCAUCAGUUGGACCAAAGACUGUCAGAAUCUCGAAUCAAUGGAUCAAGUUAUUAACUUUUAUGUGGACUCACUUAUAACCAAAUAUCCAAAUGAGAAGACAUUUAAUCUUAUUGGUUUCUGCUUUGGUGGAGUGAUAGCCUUCAAAGUGGCCAUUAGCUUACAAAAGAAAUUGGGUCAAGAUUCUGUUAAAACUCUAAUCAUUAUGGAUUCAUCGCCCGAGAUAGUAAAUAGCAACACGCGAAAUGUCUAUGAAGAAUAUGCAGGGAAAGAUGAAAGCACAAUAAUUGUGUGCUUUAUGUUUGAUUAUUUCUCACAGUAUAUGAAAAGUUAUGAAAAGAACGAAGUGAGAACAAAACUGUUAGAGUUCGAAACGAAACAAGAAAAAUUAGAAUAUGCAACUUCGAUUAUAAACAGGAUCGGAUCAUGUGAAUAUGAUGUUAACCAGAUAAGUGAUGCUAUUGAUCUUUUUGUAGAUAAGCCGAGAAAAGCUGCCGCUGUAAAAGUAGACGAAAAUUUCAAUGGUGAAAUUGUUUUAAUUCGAGGAACAGAUUUGCAUGAGUUUAAUGCAGAUUUCAACCAUUUGGAAGAUUAUGGAUUAUCUAAAUAUACAAAUGGAGCUGUCACGGUUUUCAAAUUGCCUGGACAACACGAUAACAUGAUUAUAGAGAAUUCGAAAGAAAUCACUGAGAUUCUUGAAGCGUUGGCAAUGAGAGCAUCGACUGGAUAAACGAACUGUACUGAAUAAAACUGAAAAAUAAAUUUCAGAAUUUCUCGUCAUGAAAAAAGUUUUGAUUCUCAAUUGGGAGAGUAAAAUUGUUAAUUAAAAAACCCAUUAAGAACAAGAAAGAUACGUUUAUGGAGAAUAGUUUAAUUCUCACUAGGCUCUAUUCAUGUAACUCUUCGUGAUUUAUUCAGUUGCAUUUCUAAAUUAAACUUUCCAAGUUACAACUGAAUUUGACUGAAUAAGAA